AUGGAAGAACAAAGCAUACAAGCAAAAGAGACUGAACUAGAGACACCAGAUCAAAGUAUAGAUGGAAUGGAAGGGAGGACAACGGAGUCCACACCGAUGCCAAAUACAGAAGAACAGGAAAAGAAAACCAUAGAAUUCUCACCAAAAGGAAAUGGAGAAGAGGCGACAAAUACACCAGAGACGUUAAAAGAUGACUCACAAACGAAGAGAACAUCAUUCAAAGAGCGGAUUGCUGCGAUGGUCGGAAUGAAGCCACGAGCCAAGGAGGAGAUAACUGCAUUGACCGAGAAAAGCAAAACCUUUGGGAAAAUUUCCACGAUAACGUUGGAAACCAGGAAUGAUAAAGAAGAAGCCACGCAAGAAGCGACAUCUAGCCAAGAUAAACGAGCUGAUGGAUCGAAAACAACUUCAGUAGAGCUGGGAGACUUAAAGACAAAAUUAAAUAAAAAAGACAAAAAGUUAAAGUGCAGUGAAGAGGACCGCCAAGAGCUGAAAAAGGAAAUAAGACACAACAAAAACGAGAACCUGGAGAGUUACUAUGUCUUAGCAAAGGCCACGGAAGAAAAGCUACAACAGAUGUCGGACGAGGUAGAGACUACCGACAAAGAGCGAGGAAAAUAUAUCAAGAAGGAUAUGGAUGAAAUGAAGAAACGGUAUGACACCGUGAAUGAGAAGUUGUUGAACCUAGAGACCAGAGUGGAUACUAUGCGCAAGGAUCACGCUGAAAGUUCUUGUGCCAUACAGUAUAAACUGGAUGCACUCAAGAGAAACUCUAUAGCACAAGAUAAUUUAGUGGCAGACAAACCACAGGGACCUAGAGUUGACUUUGUAGAACCGCAACGGAAGAAAAGGGAGUCGACACCGUUACCCCGGAUUUCAACGAGCAUAGGGGCAGUAGGGUCCAAGACUACUAUGAUUAGUGGAACCUCAAGCUCGACGAAUGCACCGGUGGACUCGAGUACUCACACAGGUGUAACACCUGACGCCAUGACCAAGGCGAGUACCUGGGAAAUGAUGAACAGGACACUUAAAGCAUUUGCAACAAGGAAUACAGAUUCGAGUGACAGAGGAUGUGGUAAAUCCAGAAAGACCUUCAAGAAAUCAAAAGAAUUUAAAGACGACUCGGAUGGCUGCAUUGACACCUGGGUAGAAGUCAUGAGACUAGAUCUAGAACAGGACAAACUGAAGGACGAAAUGCAGGCCUGCACAGCAAUACUAAGCAAUCUAGAAGGCACAAAGUGCGUAGUAGCAAAGAACGAGGAGGAGCAUGGUACAGCGGACAAAAUCUUCUAG